AUGCAGGAGUUUAGGAGAUCUUUGCCGAAUAUUUUAAUUACAGGAACACCUGGUGUGGGCAAAUCAACAUUAUGCCAAAUGGUAUCUCAAAGGACGAAAUUUACCUGGAGAGAAGUCUCCAAAUUAGCAGAAGAACAUAAUUGUUUGGAUGAAUAUGAUCACGAAUAUCAAUGUCCUUUCUUAAAUGAAGACAAGUUAUUGGAUAUUAUGGAAGUUAUGAUGACCAAAGGCGGAAACAUUGUGGACUAUCAUGGAUGUGAAUUUUUUCCCGAGCGUUGGUUUGACGCUGUGUUUGUUAUAAGAACCAAUAACACUGUUUUAUAUGAUAGAUUAAAAGCAAGAGGUUAUUCAGGCAAGAAAUUGGAAGACAACAUACAGUGUGAAAUAUUUGAGGUAUUAUUAGAGGAAGCUCAAAAUUCGUACAAAGAAGAUCUUAUUAAGGUACUUCAAAACGAUUCACAAGAGCAAUUGCAUCAAAAUGUUAAUACAAUUGUUGAAUGGAUAGAAAGGUGGCAAGAGGAAAACUUA